AUGGUCAGGAAUAGGGCAGUGGUAUGGCCCCAAAGGCAUCUGUUUCUCCCUCUGGUCCCUUUCUCAGUGAGAAUGAGAAGUACUGCAGCAGACAGGAGGGGAGUUCUGGUUGAUAAAGUGGCCCUGAUCACAGGUUCCACAGAUGGGAUUGGUUUUGCUGUUGCACAACAUCUGGCCAGAGAUGGGGCCCAUGUGAUUGUGAGCAUCAGAAAACAACAGAAUGUAGAUUGUGCAGUUGAAAAACUUCAAGGACAGAGUGCUUCAGGAACCGUGUGCCAUGUGGGAAAGGAAGAAUAUUGUAAGAGGCUAGUGUCCAUGGCUUCUGCAAAACAUGGGUUUAUCAACUUCCUGGUUUGUGUGGCAGGUGUCAGCCCUAUGACUUGGAGUACACUGGGUGCCAGUGAAGAAAUGUGGGACAAGAUAAUGGAUAUUAACAUGAAAGCACCAGCCCGGCUUUACCACACGUGGUGACCCUAGG